AGUUCACAUCAAAGUAAUUGAUGAUGAGGAGUAUGAAAAAAACAAGAAUUUCUUCAUUGAGCUGAUGAGCCCCCGCAUGGUGGAUAUGAGUUUACAGAAAGCCCUGCUGCUCACCCAAGAGGUGGCUGAGAGGAAGCUGACAGUUGAAGAGGAGGAAGCCAAGAGGAUUGCAGAGAUGGGCAAACCAAUACUUGGCGAGCAUCCCAAACUAGAAGUCAUCAUUGAAGAGUCCUAUGAGUUCAAGAGCACCGUGGACAAGCUGAUUAAGAAGACAAACCUGGCUUUGGUUGUAGGGACACAUUCCUGGAGGGACCAGUUCAUGGAGGCCAUUACCGUCAGUGCAGCAGGUGAUGAGGAUGAGGAUGAGUCUGGCGAGGAGCGCCUGCCCUCCUGCUUUGACUACGUGAUGCACUUCCUGACGGUGUUCUGGAAGGUGCUGUUUGCCUGUGUGCCCCCCACCGAGUACUGCAAUGGCUGGGCCUGCUUCGUUGUCUCCAUCCUCAUCAUUGGCAUGCUCACAGCUGUCAUCGGUGACCUCGCCUCCCAUUUCGGGUGCACCAUCGGCCUCAAGGACUCGGUGACCGCCGUCAUCUUUGUCGCCUUCGGCACUUCAGUACCAGACACGUUCGCCAGCAAAGCUGCAGCCAUCCAGGACGUGUACGCCGACGCCUCCAUCAGCAACGUCACAGGCAGCAACGCCGUCAAUGUCUUUCUGGGCAUCGGGCUGGCGUGGUCGGUGGCGGCGAUCUACUGGGCAUCGCAGGGACAGGAGUUCCAGGUGUCAGCAGGCACCCUGGCCUUCUCGGUCACCCUCUUCACCAUCUUCGCCUUCAUCUGCAUCAGUGUCCUCCUCUACCGCCGGCGGCCCCACCUCGGGGGUGAGCUGGGCGGCCCCCGGGGGUGCAAACUGGCCACAACAUUGCUCUUCAUCAGCCUCUGGCUCCUAUACAUCCUCUUUGCCACCCUGGAGGCCUAUUGCUACAUCAAGGGGUUUUAG